AAAAAAUAGAAGUCAUUAACCCAAAAAAUAUUACAAAAAAGAAUAAAUAAUCUAAUAUAGUUCAGUCAAGAGAAAAAUUCCUCUUUUCCACCUAAACGUGGACUUUCUGUCCUAUCAGGAGCAGAUUCCCCACUGAUCGGAUGGGGUGGAAAAAACGGACAUCCUUAUUUAAAAAAAAAAAAUUAAACUUGUAAUUUAAAAAAUAGAAGAAGAAGAAAAAUUCUUGAGGAGCACGCAUAGGAACAACACAAGAAUUAAGAAAGGUCAAAAUCAAAAGCAGCCGACAAAAUUUGGAAUGGUCUUCCAACUCUCGCACACUUCUGACUUUUAAAUUUAGAAAAUGACCCUUUUUCCUGUAUCACAAGUAGGUGGAUUCAAUGUAUUUCAGUUCAGGCUGAAUUUUUGUUGAUCUCCCACUUCUUUUUGCCUUUUUGUCUUGUCAAUUCAAUUAUUUAGGUAUCUUCCGGUUUCAUUAAUUUGUCUUUUACGCUUAGCAUUUGCUGGAUAUGAUUAUUAAAUCAAUACAUACAAUGAGUUCUAACUCCACACGUCUCUUCUAUAUUUUCCAUAUCCAAUCCAAUCUAUAUUAUAAUUUUCUAUAGUAAACUAUUUUUAAAGUCAUUCCAAACAAAAAUAGGGGGAUCCGCAUAGGUUCAAGAAGAUGGAGUCCUAAAUUAAUUUAUGAAGAAUUCACCGAAGAUGAAGUUCUAAAUCUGAUUUAGGCAGAAUUCAAUUUAAGAAAUGGUAUUGAAGGGUCACUUGCAGAUUCAUGUAUAAAUACAUGAAUAAGUACAUGAAUAGACAUGUAGGUUCAUGAGUUCAUAUGCAUGGUUUUUGGAUCAUGGGAAAUGUCUCAACGUACCAAUAUAUAUAUAUAUAUAUACUUAGGUUGGCAUGGGUAGAAAAUGUAGAAAAUCAAUUUAACUCUUUCUAGUAAUACAAUGUUCUCUUCUCCUAUAAGUUCUAUUAAAUUUCUCUGCUGUCACCACAUGUAUUAAGAUAAAAUCUUCAAAAUGCACGUUGUACAUGGGCAAGAAUUGGGUCGAGUUUAUAAUGUAGCAUUUUGACAACUUUCAUUAUACUAAUGCAAGUCAGUCAGGUUGAAAGAAUCUAAUAAUUCAAGGGAAAAGAAUAAAUUCACGUGGGUUUUAAAUUCGAAACCAGCAAAAUGUUGGCAAAAGCAAAGAGCUACAAGCAUUAAUUAAAAAUUAAGGUCAAAUAUAUAACCAUAGACAUAUUAAUUUCAUUUCUUAAUCUCUUAAAAACUUCAAUGUCAUUUUCUAGCUGUUAUAAUUUGAAAAAAUUUCAAAACCCACAAACAAUAUGGAUUUUUACAAUCACUCUUAAUAUUACACAUCAAGAGUGAUUUUAUCUCUUUUCCCCAUUUAUUUACUACUAAAGGAUAGGAUAUGAAAUUAAAAAAAGAAAACAAAGGGCAAAACUUACCAAGAUUAUACAUUUAGGUAAAUCUCAUUUUUGCCACCAAGCUUACAAGAUAUUCUAUUUUGAUCCCUAAAAAGUCAAAAUGAUAAAAUGAACUUAACCCUAAACUUUUUAAAAAUAACCCUUUUAGUUUUUGAAUUAAUAACCUAACGUGUUAACAUAUGCAUACACUAAAAUCACAUAGGUUAAAUAAAACCGAAUAGGCAAAGUUUUUUUUAUGGAAAAAAAAAAGAAAAAAGAAUACUACAGCAAAGCCCCAACUGGUUCCAUUGUAAAAGCUGAAUACCAAAAUAAAAAUUAUGAAAAUCCAAGAGCAAAAAUAAUUAAAAUUUUAAAGUUUGAAAGCAAAAAUAAAAUGUUUUGACAGUUUUAUAAAUGCAACCAAUAAGAUAAAGGAGACUAGGAGUUGGCCGCACGGAAUUGUGCCACGCUACGACACUGACAGAGAAGAAAAGCGCCAAAAUCCAAUCGAAGUAUCUCCGGAUGGGUAAAGACAAUAAUGUUUAACGAAGCGAUCUUGACCAAUGCCUUACCGCUUCGUCUGUCAAUCACUCUCAACUCUCGGCGUAGCCGUUUCCAGGAAACGCACCAGAGAGGCGACAUUUUUCACUUUAUAAACCUAAAAUCUCACUCCAUCCACCACCACCACCACCACCGCCGCCGCCACCACCCCAUAAUCGUCUUCACUUUACCUUCCCUUCGCUUUUCUCAGGUGACUUUAUAAACCUAAAAUCUUUUGAUUCUCUUGGUUGACCUUGUUUCUGUUUGGAGGCGUAGAUAACUAUGGAUCCAAACCUCAACGCUUUCACAGAUCGCAUGGCUGAUUAUCAGACCUCUCUAACCCAAUCAUACGAUGAUGGGUUUAGACUAAAUGAUUUUGAAUUCAACGACCCAUCUCCAGAUUUUGUUCCUUUCGUUGAUAAUUCCCUUUUCCCCUACCAACCAAACCCCAACAAGUUUCCAGGGGCUGUGGAUUUGAACUUGGGUGGGGUGGCUUCAGGGCAAAGCCCUGAUGGCGACUCUUCCUCGGACGAGUUAGACUUCAGGGAAAGUGUUCUUAAGUACAUCAGCCAAAUGCUGAUGGAAGAGAAUUUGGAGGAGAAGCCUUGCAUGUUUUAUGAUCCUUUGGGUCUUGAAAAUACCGAGAAAUCUUUCUAUGAUGCUCUUGGUAAGAACUACCCUCCCCCUUCGCCUAACCAACCUCCCCUAGAUUGCGAGAGCUCUGAAGAUGUUUGUCGUGGAAGCGACAGUGAUCGUACAAGUACUGCUGUUAGUGCUGCCAACAGCAAUUCGCCUGACCCCCAAUGGGUUGUUGAUCCUGGAGAAAGUAAGUCUUCUAUACUAACAAGAUCUAUUCCUAGUAGUUCGUAUCAAAGCAGCCUAACUAUUAAUAGUCAUGAGCUUGUCACGGAGCUGUUGGCUCAGAAUAUCUUUAGUGAUAGCACAUCCAUCUUGCAAUAUCAAAAAGGGUUGGAGGAGGCAAGUAAGUUUCUCCCAGUGGGUAAUCAGCUGAAUAUCGAUCUUGGCAGUGGCAAAUUCACAGGAGUAGCUUCUAAGGUAACGGAUACAACAGAGAAUUCGCCUAAUGGAUCAAAGAGAAGGAAGAAUCGUGGACCUGAAGCUAUAGAUUUGGAUUCAGAAGAAGGGAGAAAAAACAAGCAUGCAACCAUUUAUGGGGAUGAGGAAGAAUUAACUGACAUGUUCGAUAAGGUUCUACUCCAUGAUUGUGGAAGUGAGGCCUCUGCAAAUGGUGGAUGUGAGAAAUUGCAGAAUAAUCGACAAGUUCAUGGUGGAUCUAAUGCUGGGAAAGCUCGGGAAAAGAAACAGGAUAAGAGAAAUAACUCUGUGGAUUUGAGGAAUCUUCUGAUAUUAUGUGCACAAGCUGUGUCUUCUGAUGACCGUAGGAUUGCGUAUGAACUACUUAAGCAGAUUAGACAGCAUUCUACAACGACUGGGGAUGGUUCCCAAAGGAUGGCUCAUUUCUUUUCUAAUGCUCUUGAGGCUCGGAUGGUUGGCACUGGCACAGGAAGUAGAAUUUACUAUGAUUCACUAGCUCAAAGCAACAUUUCAGCGGCUGAUAUGUUGAAAGCUUACCAAGCUCACCUUUCAUCCUGCCCUUUUAAGAAGCUCUCUCUCUUUUUCAUGAUCAAAAUGAUUUUGAAGGUUGCUGAAAAUGCUAAAAGUCUGCAUGUUAUUGAUUUUGGCAUUUGCUAUGGUUUCCUAUGGCCAAUGUUAAUUCAGUUUCUUGCACUACUGCCUGAUGGUCCACCCAAGCUACGCAUUACUGGUAUUGAUUAUCCUCUACCAGGAUUUCGUCCAGAAGAAAAGAUUCAAGAGUCAGGUCGCCGUUUGGCGAAAUACUGUGAGCGCUUUAAAGUUCCUUUUCAAUAUCAAGCCAUAGCAUCAAAUAACUGGGAAACUAUCCAAGUCGAGGACUUAAAGCUUGAUAGCAAUGACGUGCUAGUUGUGAACUGUUUCUACAGGUUUAACAGCCUACUUGAUGAAACUGUCGAAGAAAGUAGUCCAAGGGAUAUUGUUCUACGUUUAAUAAGGAAGAUGAAUCCAAACAUCUUUGUCCACUCUGUGGUUAAUGGAUCCUACAAUGCACCCUUCUUCAUAACACGAUUCAGGGAAGCACUCUUCCACUUCUCUGCAUUGUAUGAUGCUUUAGACGUUAAUUUACCUCGAGACAGUGAAGAGAGGAUGAUGCUAGAGAGAGAAUUUCUCGGUCGCCAAAUUAUGAACGUAGUAGCAUGUGAGGGAGUUCAGAGGGUUGAGAGGCCUGAACCCUAUAAGCAGUGGCAGGUUCGGUGUAUGAGGGCAGGUUUCAAGCAGCUUCCUUUGGACAAGGAGAUCAUGUGCAAGUUUAGGACCAAGUUAACAUCCCAUUACCACAAAGAUUUUGUACUAGAUGAAGAUGAGGGCUGGAUGCUUCAAGGAUGGAAAGGACGGAUAGUCUAUGCUUCUUGUUGUUGGGUGCCUGCAUAGACAUAUAGCUUGCUAUAAUUUGGGACAAGAAAAUGGGACCCGAAACAGUACCGAGAGGUGCAUUCAAUUCUAUCAUAGAUGAUAAUGACAGAGGCAAACCUAUUGUGUGUAUUUCUCUUUACUCAUGGAAGUUUGAGGUAGUGCAUCCAUGAAGCCAGAUUGUUUCACUUAUUAUAUCUGUGCAAAACAUUACCUUGUAACCUUAGUAGGUACUAGUACUAGUAUGAUGACCAUGAACUGUGGGAAUUAAACAUGUGAUCAGGAGAACGGUUUCUCUUUGUACAUAAAGAUGGUAGCUGAUCAGUAGUUUGAGUCUAUUCCUUAAAACUCUUGAUAUGGCUGUUAAAUUCGAAUUCUAUUGCCCAUAAAAGAAUCAGAGAUGGAUAACAGACCAUCUCGAAUUUGAAAAUUUUCA